AUGGAGAGAACAAUGGCAGAAUCUUAAAAAGAUAAACCGCUAUAAAAGGAGAUGUUAACUUCAAGAAAGCUAUCACUUGGUCACUUUCCAUUGUCCUGAGUAGUCCCACAGUAAUCAGUAACCAAACUUCAAUAUGAAAUUUCUGAUUGUAUCAAUUAUUGUGUGCAUCGUCAUAAUUGGCUAUGUUGAGGCCAAUCGUCCUGGGCUAGCACCACCACCAUGCUCAUGUGUUUCCCCGAGAUGCGGUCCCGGUGGUGUUCCUUGCAAGAAUUGCCCUGAUAGGUCCCAGCUAUGUCAACAACUACUCUCCAAAUUGGACAACCUUAAGGAUCAAAUAGGCCAAUGCGUUUGCGGUUUACCAAGUUGGGCUUUGAAUUGAAAGUUCCAAACAUUUUCCACUUAAUGUUAUGCCUCUUGAAUUGUUAAUUGUUAUUAAAUUCUUGUAAUACGAAAAUAAAUUUUGAGUUA